UUAAAUUAUUACAUUGCAAACACAAACAAAAACACCAACAAAAAAAAAGGAAAAGAGAAAAUAAUAUGGCUUUCACUGACAAGCAAGAGAGUUUAGUGAAUAGCUCUUAUGAAUCAUUCAAACAAAACCUUUCUGGAAAUAGUAUUUUCUUCUAUACUUUUAUAUUAGAGAAAGCACCUGCAGCAAAGGAAUUGUUCUCUUUUCUUAAGGGGUCAGCUGGAGUACAAGAUAGCCCUCAACUCCAGGGCCAUGCUGAAAAAGUUUUUGGAUUGGUACGCGACUCAGCUGGUCAACUCCGAGCAACAGGAACAGUAGUGUUGGGAGAUGCUUCAUUGGGUGCUAUUCACGUUCAAAAAGGAGUUGUUGAUCCUCAUUUUGUGGUGGUUAAAGAAGCUUUGCUACAAACUAUAAAGAAAGCAGUAGGGGACAAAUGGAGCGCAGAGCUGAGCACUGCUUGGGAAGUAGCUUAUGAUGCAUUGGCAACUGCAAUUAAGAAAGCAUAUUAAGGAGUUAAACUUGAAAUUAAAUUAUCUAUAUUGUUAUGAAUAAAAAAAUGUAUCACCACACUAAAACUUGUUAAACAAGUUUAUAUAAUAAAAGUUGCUAAAAUAAAUAUUAUGUAAUAAUUUUAGUGUUCA